AUGACGGAGCCGGGCGCCUUGCGGGAGGACCCCUGGGUCAAGGUGGAAUAUGCCUAUAGUGACAACAGCCUGGACCCUGAUGACGAGGACAGUCAUUACCACCAGGAGUCCUACAAAGAGGCGUACAAUGACCGCCAGCGGCGCGCCCACACUCAGGCCGAGCAGAAGAGACGGGAUGCCAUCAAGAGAGGCUAUGACGACCUUCAGACCAUCGUCCCCACCUGCCAGCAGCAAGACUUCUCCAUUGGCUCCCAGAAGCUCAGCAAAGCCAUUGUUCUGCAGAAGACCAUCGACUACAUCCAGUUUCUACACAAGGAAAAGAAAAAGCAGGAGGAGGAGGUGUCUACACCACGUAAGGACGUCAGGGCCCUGAAGAUCAUGAAAGUGAACUAUGAGCAGAUCGUGAAGGCACACCAGGACAACCCCCACGAGGGGGAGGACCAGGUCUCCGACCAGGUCAAGUUCAACGUGUUUCAAGGCAUCAUGGAUUCCCUGUUCCAGUCCUUCAACGCGUCCAUCUCAGUGGCCAGCUUCCAGGAGCUUUCGGCCUGUGUCUUCAGUUGGAUUGAGAAGCACUGUAAGCCUCAGACCCUCUGGGAGAUUGUGAUUGUCGUCCUGCACCAAUUAAAGAACCAGCUUUACUGACCGUUUCUUGGAACCUGCAGACAGUCAACAAGGCCUUUGAGUCUCCCACUUGGUCCCAGUGCUGCUGGGCUUAGGAGAUCGGACUG